AUGAAGCUCAACAUCUCCUACCCGGCCAAUGGGUCUCAGAAGAUCAUCGAGAUCGACGAUGAGCGCAAGCUCCGUCCCUUCAUGGAGAAGCGCAUGGGAACCGAAGUCCCCGGCGACUCCCUCGGUGACGAAUUCAAGGGCUACCUCCUCAAGAUCACCGGUGGUAACGACAAGCAAGGUUUCCCCAUGAAGCAGGGUGUUCUCCUUCCUACCCGUACCCGCCUCCUCCUCGCCGAGGGCCACAGCUGCUACCGCCCCCGCCGCACUGGUGAGCGCAAGCGCAAGAGUGUCCGUGGUGCCAUCACCGGUCAGGAUCUCGCCGUUCUCGCCCUGAGCAUCGUCAAGCAGGGUGAGGGUGAGCUCCCCGGUCUCACCGACACCGUUGUCCCCAAGAGACUCGGCCCCAAGCGUGCCACCAAGAUCCGUCGUUUCUUCGGUCUCGACAAGAAGGAUGAUGUCCGCAAGUUCGUCAUCCGCCGUACCGUCACCCGUGAGGGCAAGGCCGACUACACCAAGGCCCCCAAGAUCCAGCGUCUGGUCACUCCCCAGCGCCUCCAGCGCAAGCGCCAAAGGGUUGCCCUCAAGCGCCGCCGCGCUGAGGCUGCUCGCGAUGCUGCUAACGACUACGCCAAGCUCCUUGCCGGCCGUGUCCACGAGGAGAAGGCCAAGCGUGACGAGCUCCGCAAGCGCAGAGCCUCUUCGAUGAGAAAGUAA